AUGGCAGAUCAUAUUUUCAGCUCUGGGAGCCUGGUCCAAGCAGUUGGGUACUGUAAAUUUAAUUCUGCAGCUAGCGCCAAAGAAACAGCUGGGACUUCAGGGGGUGGCUAUCUACACUGGGAGCCCCAGUGUCAGCAGCCAGUGCCUAACGGUAUGCCCAUCAGUGUGGUCCUGCUCCCACACCCACUGGGCCCUGGAUCUCAACUGGGACGGCCGCCCCUAGGCCAGGCCUGGCUGCCAGGGAUGCUGUAUAAGCUGCUGAGCUCCCAGGUCCCAGGUGACUGCAUGGUGGCCCUGGGCUUCAGCAUGCAUGAACUCAGUCUGCUGCACCUGCAACGUCACAUGCAGCCUGGCGUGGCACCCCAUCUAGUCGAGGAGUUGUUCCUUGGGGAUGUCCCCACAGACUGGGCAGAGAGACAGCACUGCCGUCCCACUGGCUACCAGUGUCCCCUGCAAAGUGCACUGCACCACACUCCCCCGCCCUGCCUGGCUUGCAGUCUUGUUGUCCGUUCUGACCAGUACCACCCGCCUGUGCUGCCUUCCCGGCCAGCUCUGCCACUGCGCCUCGGUGGCCACUGGAUCAGCAUGAGCUGUGAAGCAAGGCCAAUGGUGCUGUUCCUCACAUGCUUCAGAUUUAACGACCACCAAUGCUCCUGGGAAGGGUACUACCAUCAUUUCUCUGACCCUGCCUGCCGCCAGACUACCUUCACGGUGUUUGCAGCUGGCCACUACUCCAGAGGUAGCCCGUCCUCCAGGGUCCAUGGUGGCACUGAGCUGAUGUUUGAGGUUACUUGGGUCCAUGUGACCCCCAUGGACCAGGUCACUACAGACAUACUCCACUGCUCCAAGCCAAGCAGCUGUGGUGGCCCAGGGUUCUGGUCAGUAGGUACUGAGAGGGACGUCACAGCCACCAAUGGGUGCCUGCCCUUCGGCAUCAGGCUCCCACAUGUAGAGUAUGAGCUGUUCAAAACGGAACAAGACCCCCAUGGGCAAAGCCUGCUCUUCAUUGGACAGAGGCCCACAGAUGGAUCCAGUCCUGACACUCCUGAGAAAUGUCCUAUCUCCUUCCACCCCAACCCCCUCUGCAAGAGGCAGGCCCAAGAAGCCCCCAGGCCCUCACAGCAAAGGCCUCCAAUGCAGAAGCUCCCCAUUGGACCUCCAGAGCCCACAGCAGCAGCUCCUGACUGGCAGAUCUGCAGCACUCACUGCCUGUUCUCUGGUGACAGCAGGAACACCCGAGAUGAAAUAGGUCACGUGUGCAUCUCCGAGAACAACUCGGUUCACGACUCGAACCAGCGGUACACGAGAUGUGGCCGCUGUGCAAUGCACUUUGGCACCUACAGCUCUGUAGGCCUGAGGAGACGAUGCCUGGACAGAACAGCAGGUCUGGGGAAGCCACGUGGGUAA